AUGAGGUCAACGGAUUUAGGAAGGCCUAACUGGAGGGAGAAAGUUUGCUAUCGGUGUUCCAAAAGUGAUCAUGUGGCGGACAAUUGCCCGGAGAAACCGAAGCCUAGGAAAUGCUUUCGAUGUGGAUCGGAACGGCAUUUGGCGAAGAAUUGCUCGUUGAGCCGAAAUGGUGAAUAUUCGAGGCCAGUGAAAGCGAUCGAUGUAGAUGACGAGUUUGAGAAGCUGGUAUCGGUCGGCGAAUUUCAAAUGAUGGCGUUGAUUGAUAAUGGCAGCAAGGUGACAACAAUCAAGAACUCGAUGGCAAGGAAAUUCGGUAACAGUCAUGCGGCGGAUGUGUUGCUGAAAGGAUUUGGCGGACGGCGUAUUCGGGUGACGGAAAAGGUGGUGGCGGCACUAAAAGUGGACGAAAUUGAGGAAAAAGUAGACUUUUUAGUGGUGCCAAACUUUGCACAGGAAUUGCCAGUGAUUGUAGGCACAGACGUCCUGAAGAGAGAAACGGUAGUGAUGACGAAGAAAGAAGGAAGAGUCUGGCUGGAAAACGGAGAGUGUGAAAAGAAUAAAAAAGAAGGACCAAAUAACGAAAAGUCUGUACGAGAAGUGCUUUCAAUUCAGGUUUACGAACCUGUGAAAGAAGCGGAUUUCAACACCGAUGGAGUAGUGGUCAGGUCAAGCGAGCUUCUAAAGUGCGUUGAGGAGAAUCGAGACUGUUUCUCGAAGAACGUACGUGAACUGGGCAAAGCCAAGUUUGUCGAGUUGGAUAUUGUGCUACAUGAUCCACAACCAGUGUAUGAAAAGCCGUACAAGAUGGAGUUCUCACGGGAGCAGGAGAUUAAAUGA